UCUCCACCCUCGUCAACAGCAGACCAACAACAGCAACUGAAAGCCUACCGGACAACAAACAGGUGCUAUGAGAACGACCACCAUCUUGGCCAUGGCCGUACUAGGCUGUUGCUGUCUUGUGACCGACGCUUUCGUAAUUGGUUCCCAAUAUGGCACCAAUCCUGACAAUCAACUGAUAAAUCGCAGGCAAGUUCCAGGAUUUGGACGUCAAGUCAUCUACAAUCCCACUAGGGCAACCCGAGGAAAAGACAUAAAGUCCACUCAAGUCAAACAGGUUGCUCCUGCUCGACCAACCCCACAAGCCCCACAAGCUCAGAAAGUCUACCCUCCAGCCCCACAAGCUCAGAAAGUCUAUCCCCCAGCCCCACAAGCUCAGAAAGUCUACCCUCCAGCCCCACAAACUCAGAAAGUCUAUCCCCAAGCCCCACAAGCUCAGAAAGUCUAUCCCCCAGCCCCACAAGCUCAGAAAGUCUAUCCCCAAGCCCCACAAGCUCAGAAAGUCUAUCCCCCAGCCCCACAAGCUCAGAAAGUCUAUCCCCCAGCCCCACAAGCUCAGAAAGUCUAUCCCCCAGCCCCACAAGCUCAGAAAGUCUAUUCCCCAACCCCACAAGCUCAGAAAGUCUAUGUCCUAGCCCCACAGCCCCAGUAUGUCCUUGCCAAUGGCCUACCUGAUCACUACGGUUCCCAGAUCGAUCAAGGAUACGACACUCAGCCUAUAUAUGCUUCCAACAGAAUCACACUUAGACACCAACCCUUCCCCCAGAAUACUAUCAUCAUCAUCAAGGAGGACUCCCCUAAUCCCCGUGGUGCUUCCGCCCCAGCACAGGCUCAAGCCCCACUCGCGCCAGCCCCUGCUUCAAUCGUAAUCGAUGCCCCUACCCCUGUCUCUGCCCCUGCCCCUUCCCACAUCUCAUUAGACCCUUUCUCUGCCCCUCUCCCAACAGACCCUUUCUCAGCCGCUGGUCCAAACUUUGCAGACCCUUUCUCUGCUCCUCUCCCAACGGACCCUUUUUCUGCCGCUGGCCCAAACUUUGCAGACCCUUUCUCUGCCCCUCUUCCAACAGACCCUUUCUCAGCCGCUGGCCCAAACUUUGCAGACCCUUUCUCAGCCUUUUUCCCUGCAGACCCUUUCUUUGAUCCCACCACAGCCUCUGCAGACCCUUUCUCCCUAUCGUACCCUGUAGAUCCACUCGCUGCCCCCACAUCUGCGCCAGCUAAAACAGCAGCUUCCCCACAGGUACCCAUCCCAGAACCCAACUCUCCAGCAGGGGCAGCAUCUGGCCUCUACCCUGGUGCUUCCCAACGUGGAUACGACGCCCUCGACAGCAUGUUGAGACUUAACAUGCUCGCUGAAAUGGAGCUUCCUCACUAUGGAGGACAUCACAACUUGCACCAGCUCACUGAAACCCUUGGAGCACCUGCCAGCAAGGGUGCGGCUCAGUAUCAAGCUUCCAAGUCCUCUUCCCUGGGUCACCAGAACCAGUACGAUCGCUUGUUCUCACAGCACCUCGCUGAGGCACUAGACCUUCCUCCACAACAAGGCCACCCAGCGUCAGGUGCUACCCACAAUGCACCCCUCGCUAACAACCCCAACGUAGCUGUGUCACAAGCAGCAGCAGCAGCGGCACCGGCAGCUGCACCAGCACCAGAACCGACAGCAGUAAAGGCAGCAUCACCAGCAGCUAAACCAGCUGGAGGUCACCAUGGUUACAACCCUUAUGACCUCUACUCCAUGCAUCUCCGAGAGGCUCUUGACCUGCCUCCUAUGCCCCCUAUGCCUCGCGUGUGAUGUGAUCUUGCCUUCACAUGACUGGUCGGUGCUUUAGCUUUCCACCAGUUAGCUCAGGAUGAUUGGCUCAGAUACGUCUCAGAUAGAUGCAUCUGUAUUAAUUAUUUGAGUAUGGUAUUUAAAAGGAAACCUAGGUCCAAAGAUAGACAUGUCACUAGGUCAUUGUUGGUGUUUGUGUAUGACAAUAAACAACUGAGAACGAAACAA